GAACUCCAAGGAAGAAAAUUUGGAAUGAUGUUGAAAAUAUCGUUGUUUAGUUACCUGCCUUUAUUUAUGCUCGUGGUAUCCUCAGAUCUGAUCGACUGCGACAGCUGCACCAGCACAUUAGGAGAUAAAUAUGACUUCUCACCUCUUGCAAGGUGGCCAUGGGAAGUAAAAGUUAAAAUCAACAACACAUUGACUGCAUACAAGAUAAACAUUUGUAAAAAUGCAUCCAGCAUCGACAAAUCAUGUCCAGGGAAUUCAAGUAUAUGCUGCCAGGAUUCCCAAGGAGCUAGGAGUAUAGGGAAUUAUUCACAGACACUAAAUGUGACAGAAGAUACCAGUAAAAAGGAGCUAUGGCUCUAUUUUCAUGGAGGGCCAUGUUCUGUCAACAAGGGGCAAAGUUAUAUGACUGCCAUUAAUAUCAAAUGUGGCAACACAUUGGGAUCUCCCAAGUUUUUAGAAUCAUAUGCAUGUGACACUUACUUUGAGUGGCACAGUACAGUAGCUUGUAAAAAGAAGACCACUGCCAGUGAGGUGCCAUGUUCCAUUUACAACAAAGAUGGUAAAAAGGUUGACCUCACACCCCUUAUUAUGACGGAAGGGGCUUAUAAAACUGAUACAGCAACUUAUAGCGACUUCUACAUCAAUGUGUGUCGUGCUAUAACACCAGGCACAAACACAAGUUUAAAAGGGUGCAGCCCCAGCACAGCAGCAUGCCAGACACACAUGAUGGGUGUCGCAAACAUGGGCAGCCCGGCCGAUAGACUCCAGUACGACGCCCAGGGCAACCUGAUACUGCAUUAUAACACAUCAGUUGCUGAUAAACCAAGUGGCUGUGUUGAUACUCCAUCUACUACUGUGACAUUCCUUUGUCCAAAGCGAGGAGGGGGCCAGAAUCCAAAAUUGACGUCAUUUUUCAACUGUCAGUACCAAGUUCUGUGGGAGACCGAGUAUGCAUGUCCGGAGGAAACGCUUACCUCCAAUACGUGUAAGCUGACGCAAGAACAGCAUGGUGUUGACAUCGAUCUUUCUCCAUUGACCAAGGGAGUUGGUUCAGCCCAUCCAUACAGAACCAACUUCACCACCGGCGGGAAAACUUACGUCUAUUUCAUCAACGUGUGUGGUGAGCUUGGAAUCGACUGUCCAACAUCAGAUAACAGAGACGGCAUAUCAGUUUGCCAGAAAUCCUUCUCUGAUCCCUCAUUUGGGGAAGCAUUAGGAAGACUCCAUCACCAAACACUGAGGUAUUCAGAUGGUGAACUUACGAUGACCUAUCAAGCUGGAGACGCCUGCUCCAGCCACUUCUCAAGGACAACUGUCAUCACCUUCCACUGUAACCAGUCUGCCGAAGACGACGGCCGGGGCAAACCGGUGUUCAACUCGGAAACAAACUGCACUUAUUUAUUUGAUUGGUCGACCAAAUAUGCGUGCGUCAGUCAUCCGAAAAUGUGCCGUGUCAACGUUGACAAGAAGCAGUUUGAUUUGUCGACUCUGAUACGAACCAAGGAGAACAACUGGGAGGCAUUGACAAGUCAUCUUUUGGCAAGCGACGAAAGUAAAAGCCGAUAUUUCAUCAACAUUUGUGGUGACAUUCUGAAGUCCAACCUCACCAACAAAUGUCCUGAUGGGGCUGCUGCCUGUAGUAUAGAUCAAGCGGGGAAAGCUAAGAGCCUUGGCCAGUAUGUUCAAGGUCCAGUUUACUUGACGUCCGGGGAUAUCCAACUAGUUUACAAGAAUGGUAGCCCAUGCACUGAUAAGUCUAAGAACUCAGCAAUGACCACUAUCACAUUGACUUGUAAACCAGGUGACCUUGAGAGUGGCCCUGUCCUUGUUCACCGUUCAGACGACAAGUGUUUCUAUGACUUCCGAUGGCAGACAGCAGCUGCCUGUGUACUAGGGAGAAAAAUUGGAACAAACUGUCGUGUCUCCGACAACGAUGCUGGCUUUAAUUUUGACCUGUCACGUUUGACGAAGACAGGCGACGCCAGUUUCUACAAGACCAACGACACGUCCUAUGACUAUCUCAUCAAUGUCUGUGCUCCGAUUGGUAACGGCAAGUGCAAGGAUGCUCAGAGUGGAGUCUGUCAAGUAAACAAGAAAAAUGUUCUCCAAAACUUCAACCUUGGUAAAGCUUCCGACACCCUUUACUACUUCGAUGGCAUGAUCAAUCUGACGUAUUCCGAUGGUGAUAACUACCACACCACGCCGCCAAUCGCUCGGAAGACCGAGAUCGUGUUUCUCUGUGACCCAAAUGCUGGCAUUGGCCAUCCAGAGUUCCACCAUGAGGGCAACCAUUCCUACACAUUCCGCUGGUUCACCAAGUACGCCUGUGCAGAGGCUCCUCUUGAGUGCAUAGUGACUGAUCCAAAGACCAAUGAGCAGUAUGAUCUGUCAGGUUUAUCAAAGUCGGAAAAUCAACAGAACUGGGAGAGAGUAGAUGACUCUGAUUCUAAACUGAAACGGAAGUUCUAUCUCAACGUGUGCCGUCCUCUGAAUCCUGUCCACGUACGGAAUAGCAUGUGCGACACCUUCGCCGCAGCAUGCAUGUCAGAAUUCCACAAUUUUGCCGAAGAAAUUAAAGUCAAGAACCUGGGCCAUGCCUUGACACCACCCACCCUUGAGAGCCAGGGCAAGAUCCUGCUGAAAUAUACAAACGGAUCAGAAUGCGUUGAUGAUAAUGGGAAGCACACAAACUACACUACCAACAUUCACUUGCAAUGUACAAAGGGACAACUGUCGACCAGCCCGAGCUUUUUACGAGCAGACGGUAAAUGUGAAUAUUCAUUCCUCUGGGAGACAGCGGCUGCAUGUCCAAUCGUUGACACAGAAGUAAAGACCGAGGAGAAGUGUACUUUGAAAGAUGCCAAGACUGGGUACGUUUACAAUCUCCAGCCGCUCAUGAAGAGAGGGACAGAUGUGUACAGUGCUGACGGUGGCACCGGUACUACUUACAAGCUCAAUAUCUGUGGUGCUGUCAGCACAUGUGGUGUGAUCGUUGGUAAAGAUGCUGCUGCUUGCCAAGUCAAGGAUGAGAAAGUCACUCUCAAUCUUGCCACGGAGUCUUCACAGAAGCUACAGUUCUCUGAUGAUGGGACGUUGACAUUGACCUAUGAAGGAGGCCUCCUCGAAAAUGGUGACCGAACAAAAGUUGUUAUCAGCUUCAACUGCCAUCGCGACAAACCUCUCGGCGAUGUGAAAUUCUUGAAGAAAGAGGGCACUACUUAUCUCUUCCAAUUUGAUACCUCUCUCGCCUGUGCUCCACAGGCCGUUGAUUGCAUCGUCUCAGAUCAAUACGGCUACCAGUAUGACCUUUCAACUCUUUCGAAGGUGGACAGCUCGUGGAUGGUGCCAGAUUCCAGGAGUGGGCACUCUGAUUUACAGUACUAUAUCAAUGUUUGUCGGCCGAUCAACUCCAUACCAGGCACCAAUUGCCCAGGUGGCCCUGUCGGAGGCUGCCAAGUAUCCAUCACAAACAAACAGUCACACGGUAUGGGCUAUAUUCAGAGUAACCCAUCGGCAGAGAAUGGUACUGUCAGCAUCCGCUAUCUGGGGGGAGAGAUCUGCCAUGCUGGGACUCUCAGACAGAAUCAUCGCAGCACAAGAAUCAUCUUUUACUGUUCACCCACUGAACACUCGCCUACCUUUUUGAAAGAGACACCAGAGUGUGAGUACGUGUUUGAAUGGCGGACGCCAGCAGCUUGUGCCGUGCAGCAAAUCAUUGGCCAUGGAUGCAAAGUGACUGACCCCCUCUACCAUAUAGAGUUUGAUCUAAAUCCUCUACACCUCUCUGAUAAAGACUACCAUGUGCCGGGAGGAGGAUAUGAGUAUCUCAUCAAUGUGUGCGGUCAUCUCAAUGAAGGCAAAGGGGAUUGUGAUGGGAGCAAGGGGAUUGGUUCCUGCCAGACAAAAGCUGGUAGUGCUACGAUCUUCAGUGGAGGACUUAUUAGUUCUGACAUCAAAUACGAGGAUGGUGAAAUCACCGUGGAAUACAAUGGCGGAACCGGCAAUUGUCACAGCAAAUACCCACGGAGCACCAUUAUAAAAUUCCUGUGUGAUCACAACAAAAUCGGUAGCGAUGGGCCAAAGUAUGUCGUGGAAAAAGAUGACUGUACCUACGUGUUUACCUGGCAGACUUCACGAGCCUGUCCGCCUUUCAAGAAAGCCCUGGCAUGCGACGUCCGAGAUAGCGAAAGGAAUUACUUUGAUUUCAGUGAUAUGACUCAGUCAAGUCAGAACUAUGAGUACACGCCGCAGCCAUCUACGAUGGGAAUUAAGUUCUUUAUCAAUGUGUGUGCAAGUGUUGUCCAUGGGAAAGGUUCAACUUGUCCUUUCAACUCAGCUGCAUGCUUGGUCAACAUCACAGAGAAAGACGCAAAGAAAAAGUAUCGAAAUAUAGGUGAAGUGAACGACCACAUGUUGACUUCAGAUGACAAAGGGAAUCUGAUGUUGAAGUAUAUCAAUGGUGAUCAGUGUAAGAAUGGCAAGAAUGCCACCACAACCAUCCUUUUGAUCUGUGAGAAGACGGCUUAUGGGACGAAGCCUGAGUAUGCCUUUGUUGAGAAUGACUGUGACUACCACUUUACCUGGAUGACAAGGAAAGCAUGUGUUGAGAGCACGUCUGCUGUUACUGGUGGAAACUGUACCACAACCAACCCAGAUACUGGUUAUAAGUUUGACCUGAGCUCCCUGAAAUCACCUAAGGGCUAUGAAGAACAUGACAAAGAUGGCCACACCUACCUGUUCAACAUCUGUGACAAGAUCGCAACCAGUAACUGUAAAGGAAACUCUGGAGUUUGUCAGUCAGAAGAUAAUGGUGAACACCGUAGUUUCAAUCUGGGUGACUACUCGGACAAACCAAUCUAUGACCGCGGCAUUAUUUCCUUGAACUACACCAACGGUGAUAAGUGUCACAGGAAUAACUACACUCGAAAUACGGUCAUCACAUUCGUGUGCGGCCCUGGUGAUGGUAGUCCUGUGUUCAUUCAGGAGACCAGCGAGGAUUGCACGUAUUACAUCUCGUGGCCCACAAAGCUGGCGUGCGAAAAACAGGUUCAAUGUCUAGUCGACAAUGGCACAUCUGUGAUUGACCUUUCACCCCUGAUUAAAAACAACGAAUAUUACCUUGCCAUCAAGAGUACAGCCGGAGACAAAGACCCUAAGGGAACCUUCUAUAUCAAUGUCUGUCGACCGCUGAAUCCAAUUCGAGGAGUCCUCUGCCCACCAGGUAGCGCUGCGUGUAGAGUCGAAGCUGGGAAGAAACCAGUGAGUCUCGGCCUAGUCGAGACAGCUCCCUUCAUCGACAAGGAUACAAACAAGGUCACCAUCAUGUAUGAUCAUGGAGUCCAGUGUGCUACAAACCCAAAGAAGAAUACAACUUCCAAGAUUGUCUUCAGCUGUGUCACUGGAACACCGCAGGGUCACCCACAACUUGAGGACAUCACCAACGAUUGCGUUUACGUCUUCUCGUGGGGCACAAGUGUUGUCUGUCCUUACCAAGUGCCCAAAACAGUCGGGGAGUGCAAGUUCAAAGAUUCUGUCACUGAUGUCGUCUUUGAUUUAUCAACGCUGAAGAUACCUUUGGGAAGUUACGAGGUGCCCUAUGGAGGCAAAAAAUACUAUGUCAACCUGUGUGGUGGUGUAGCUGACAAGGGCAGCAUAUGCAAGAGGUCGGGGGUGUGCACAACAGGAGACAAGGAGAAAUCUUACGGCCUCGUUUCGACCCAGAAGACGAACAUUGAGUUUGAGAAGGUGACAAUCUCAUACAGUGGUGGUGACACUUGUAUGAAUGCAGAUACUGGUCAAGGGGCAUCUCAUAUUCUACUUGAAUGUGACCCUCAUGCUGGACAUGGCAAACCAGUCGUCCUCGGUAUGUCUGCUUGUUCUAUCAGCUUCCUCUGGCAGACGUCAUUGGUCUGCCCGACGGUUGCAGAGAAGUGCAGCAUCACUGAUAACGGCAAUACGUAUGACCUCUCCAUCCUCUCACGUGAUCAGGGAAGCUGGAAUAUCACUGAUGAAGCAGGAAACAUGUACUGGAUCAACAUCUGUCAAGGUCUUCACUUGCAAGGUACACAGUCCAAGGAAUGCCCACCAGGGGCUGCUGUGUGUCGCAAGACAACUGAUGGUACAUUGGAUAUCCUAGGAAUGGUCACUUCGCAACAGUUAAUGAUUGAGACUGGUGAAAAACUGGUGCUGAAAUAUGCGGGUGGAACAGAUGCAUGUUCCCACGCUACGCGCCGUAGUGACAAGCCACCUGCAUCUGUUGUGAUCGAGUUUGAAUGUGCUGCUACAGUAGGUGGUCCAGUGUUACUCCCCAGCCAAAGUGACGAUAGUAGCUGUGUGUUCCGGUUCCAGUGGAAGACGCGUAUGGCAUGUAAGGUGGAGAGGCAGCUGGUGAAGGAGGUGAAUGGGGAAGUGAUGGACCCACGCUCUGGUGGAUCCAUCUUACUGAAGGAGCUAUACAGCAAGGGACAUAACUAUGAGCACACGGAGCACAGAGGCUCCCAGGUGUUUGACUAUAUGUUCAGUUUAGAAGGCAAGUUACAUCUUGAUGCAAGCGAAGCAGAAUCAUCAAAAUGUAAAGAUGCUGUCGUCUGCAAAACGGAUAGAAACAAUGUGCAUUCCUUCACUAACCUUGGGAGUUAUAGCACGAGGAAAUAUUACAUGGAAGAUGAUGUUCUCGAGGGUGUCUACACCUCCGACCAGAAGUGUGAUGCUGAUAAGUCCCAGUAUUUCCAGUCCAUUAUAGUGUUUCACUGUGAUGACAGUCUAGAAGAUAGGUUUAAAAGGAUGAGUCCCAUGUUUACCUACCAAGCCAAGUGUACAUAUCUGUUUGACUGGUACACGUAUGAUGCGUGUAUUGUACCAAAAAUUGAAAUCCCCAAACCUGUAACUGCCAAAACCGCUCAUUCUGGAGUUACUUAUGGGAAAACGAAUGCCUCCACUGUCGGCGCGAUCGUGGGUGUAUUUUCUGGAAUCAUCAUCAUCUGUAUCCUUGUCAUAGUCUUCCAUAAAAAAGAGAGAAGAGUGAGAUUCACAGCUAGAGUAAGGAGAAUAUUCAAGCGUACCACUCCAAAAACAUACCAGUAUUCAGUGCUUGCCCAGGGUGAGGAUGAUGACUUCCUCCUCAGUGGACCGACGGUGGAAGAUGAGGAAAUCACCAACGGUGAUACACCAGUGGCCUCCUACCACGAUGAAAGUGAUGACGACCUCAUCUUAUGAAAACAAAAUAAAUGCUUGUAAUAUUAUUCAUGGAAGGAGUCCACAAUAAGUCGUUUAAAUCCAAUGGACUGUUUGUUAAAGUGAACUGACAGUUUUUGCCAUUUUUGCGUUGAUAUUUAGCCCUAUCAUUUGAUUUGUGAACAUUCCUGUCUAUAUUUGAAUGACUGUUCUAGUUUGACGAUGGCGUUAGAAGAAGGUUGUACUGUGAUAAAUUCUUGUGGAUCUCACUAUAAGUCUUGUUGUCAUUGUAAGAAUAUAAUACCAUCAUCUGUUUAGAUGGGCUGUUUCAAGUUUCACAUGUAUGAUAUUCUGACUGCUUCAGCGCAUUGGGACUCCUUUGCUGUUGGUGAUGUGGAACAAAUUGUGUGCUUGUAAAGCAAUGUUGGUAAUUUUUUUCCAAGGUUUAAUUUUCAUAUUUUAUGCAAAGCAUGCAAUGCAAGGUCUUUGGCGGUUUAGAAUACUGUAAUCAGUUCGAUCGACCGAGUAAUAUGAAUCAUUAGAUAUUGCAUUAGUUCUGUUGCGGUGAAAGGUAUUGUUGAUUUCUUUACACAACGAUGAAAGCACGAAAAAUUUCAACGACCUGUUUUUUUCAUUGGGAAAGGCAUCCCAUCAUGAAAUUAAAAUUGUUUGUGAAUCGCUUUUGUAAUUUGACAUGAACAUUUUGUGUUUCUCGGCGGCAUCACAAAGAAAUACCAGCUGCAAUGUAGAUUUUUUUGUGAUUUAUUUGAUUUUUUGUUGCCUUAUCAACAUACUUGUACACUUAGUUAUUAUGUGACCUUUCUAGUCACGAAUAAGAGACCUACAGUACAAAAACAUCAUGUACGUGUUGCUAUAUGUGAGCAAUGCAUUCAGUUGAACAAUCGAUGUGUAUAUACAUGUACAUGUAAUAGUGUGCUUCAUCUACAUGUGCCGCAUCUUUCAAAACCAUAAUCACCCACUUGAUGGUACACUACUUAAUAUUGUCUGAUGUUUAUAUUUACAUAUAUAAAUAUUUAAUGCAUAACUAUAAAACACUGCUUUAUUUUCACAAAAAAAGAAGUAAAAUAGGAGGUGUUGCAUAUAGGCGGGUGUGGUGAUUUGAAACUGUUACUUCAGUAUAGGUUAUCUUUGAUGGUGUUUUUUGAAUUAUUGGCCUUUCAUAUAGAUGUAUUUUGGAACAAAAUUCAGUUGCAUUUAACUUUUGAUAAUAGGGCGGUUGAGGUCAGUGGAACAUAUUCUGUUCUGAGAGCUAUUCUUUUCAUCUACAUUUAGCUGUUCUUUAUAAGGAAUUAACACUGAACUGAAGAGUAUUUGGGCUAAGAUCUAAACCAGGAAGGUGGCACUGAAAUAUAAGUCCAAAGAAGAUUUGGGGCAGAAAAUUAGAGCUCCACCUGACCGUUCAGGACAGAGACCCAACAGUGCAGUGUUAAUUUCAAUUCUAUCACACCAUUCUGGAAACUUUUAAACUUUCUUUGGUCGUGGCUUUGUUCUGCACACGUGCAUGUCAGUCUUGCCAUCUAUAUCUCAAUUAAAAAGAAAUGAGACUGCUGGCUCAAAAAUGAGGUGCUGAGUAUACAUGUAAUACAUGCAACAUUGCUAUCAAGGUGUGUUUGAAUCCUGCGCAAGUUGGAUCGUUUCCAUUGUUUAAUGGAUCAAGAAUGAGUGUUGGUUUCCUGUCCAUGGAAUUUGGAUUCCUUUUGGGAUAAAUAUAUCCUCUAUCGUUAAUGGAAAAACGGUCUUCGCCAAGAUGGUACAUGUAGUGAUUGUACAGAUAUUGAUUGCAUUUUGUAAAUAUUGCUGAUUGCUGUAAUUUAAUCAAGAUGAUUACAUGUACUUACACAUGUUACAGUGAACUGUUUUACUGUGAAUAAUAAUGGUGAUUGUGAACAAUUUUCCAUCACAAUUUAACGUGUUAAUGAUUCUAAGUUCACCCUGGAUACAGCGAAUAGAGGUUCCACUGUAGAUUGUUAUCGUUGCUGACCAUGUGCUUUGAUGGUGCCCCCCUGAGUUUGAGACAGAUGGUUAAGACUGUCUCCAGGUUGUGACUAGCCUGGGGUGACAUGGAGAAUAGUCCAGCCUCCUUGUUGAGCUUGGUGAAGAGCCCUUAGGAGAUGAUGGUGUCAUGGUUGUGACAAUGCAGAUAUUUGUCCUGUCUCCUGGUUGUGACUGUAUUGAUAUUUUACACGUCUUUUUAAAAGUACUACAGUAACACCUCUCUAUUACAGACAACUUUGUUACUGAAAAAUGCUGUCCUUAAUAGAGAGGUGCCCUCAGGCUGAUUAAAGAGAUCAAUUUAAAUCUCCUUUAUUCUUUGCUGAUGCAAUUGGAUGUAAAUUACUACCCAAGAUAUUUUACCCAGUGUUCAGAAUCGAUCGAACAAGAUCUAUUGGAAUACAGAUUGAUGAAUAAAGUGCAAAUUAUUUCAUA